AUGGCGGGCAACAGCGCUUCUCCUAACUUCCAGAUCAUCACCACCCUUCGCUACGACCCUGUUCUUACAGUACAGGGUUCGGGCUACUAUCUUCUGCCUUACCACUAUGACCGCCUGCUAUCCGCGGCAACUGACUUCCAGUGGACCCGAGCUAUAACCGCUCUUCAAGAACGAGGCCGGGAAGGCUUGCUAGAUAUACUUAAUGGAGAAAUCCUAUCCCAAUUACAACCAUGGCGCAUCCGGGUGCUGGUAAACCAGCAAGGGAACAUAACAUCCGAGUUUGCGCCACUUGAAGCUCGGGCGUCAGAUAUUCUUCUGCCCACUCUGAGUAACGACUCACAUCCAUUCAACCAAGGCCAUCCACCUCCAGCAUGGGUGCUACGGCUUGAUUCCAAAUUCACGCCACCAACGCGAUUCACAAGACACAAGACCACCAAGCGUGAAGCAUACAAUGCCUCGCGGGAAAGGGCAGGAAUAAAUUUCCCACAGCAAACGGUCGAAGUGCUGAUCUAUAGCCCCACGGGCGAAGUGAUGGAGGGCAGCAUCACGACGCCGUAUUUUAAGCGCAGCCGAAGACAGACAGGCCCCAGAGAAGUCGAAUCCGGGCUGGAAGAUGUAUGGGUAACGCCACCGCUGAGCAGCGGUGGCAACGACGGAACGACGAGACGAUACGCCCUGGCACAAGGCCUGUGCGUUGAAGAGGUUGUUGGAAUCGACGACUUGGUGAACGGCGAGGACGUCUGGCUGAGCAACAGCGUGCGAGGAUUCGUCAGGGCAGUCUUGCAACUGGCGUGA